AUGGCUUUGCAGCGCGUUCAGCAGUCAGGCAUCCCGACUGUGAUUGGGGGAGACUUCAAUAUGGAUGUGGCAGCCCUCCCAGCAUGGGAAUGUCUGCGUGCCCUCGGCUAUGUUGAAGCUUUUCAGUUUGCUGCGGACCGGUUGGCGCGAACUUUACCUGCCACUUGCCGCCACUCCACCAAGAAUGACAAUGUCCUCAUCCCCCCUUUCCUUCAGCCGCUGCUGCAGCGGGCGGAUGUCCUCACAGAGGCCCACUUGUUUGACUCGCAUGCACCCCUCCUCUUGACUUUUUCAGUACCCUAUGCGUACCCCGCUGUCCUUCAUUGGAAGCUCCCUCGAACAUGGGCAAAUUUGCAGCCGAAGCAGGCAGAUGUUGCGGCCGCCUAUGCCAGCCACCAACCGCUCGUGCUUCAGCAAGUAUGCUCAUGUACAACCACAAUUCAGCUGCAAGCAGCUCUCCAACACUGGGCCCAGUGUGUGGAGUGGUCUGUUGAUACAGCCCUUGCCGCAGCCCAUCAGCAGGUAGGUGUCAAGCCCCCGAACGGAGGUGGCAGCGUUUCCCGCAAGCGGUUUGCCACGGACGCAAAGGUCCGGCAGUCGGCGCAACACCGAAAGAAACUUGCACACUUCCGACUUCAGUGGAAUGCGAAACAUGCCGGCAUGAGCCAAGGCUUUGCAGCCAUCAAGCCCGUGCCUCACCCUCCUUUCUCAGCUAUACCCGUGGUGGAGCGACGGGACAUUCAAGUCACAGAGGUAGUUGAUCCACAGCAUGCCUGGGCUUCAGUCCAGUUGCCGCAGUUCCUGCGCCAUUUCAUGACAUGCCAAACUGCUGCAGGACAUAUGUACAUUACGGAUCAGCGCCAGGUUGAGUCCGGGUCCUUUGAGAUUCUUUUGCGACAUGACAAUCUGCAGUUGCUCCCAGAGCAGACCCUGCACCUCGAACAGCACUCUUGUGCCUCAUCCCCAGAUGAACUCCAUCGGGAAUUUUAUGAAUAUUGGUCCGCCAUUUGGAAUAGGGAUAAGGGUAGGCGACGUACCUGUGAGGAUUCUUGGGCGGAUGCCUUAGCUGACCUCCCACCCCUGCCAGACCACGCAGCACCCCUCUGCAUCGCUGAUUUUGAUUUGGAAGCGUGGCAGAAGGCAUUGCAGGGCAUGCGGCCGAAUAAGGCCCUGCCCCACGAGUAUGUCCCAUGGGCGACCAAUCGUCAUUUUCGCAACGCUCUAUCGGCUCUGGGCUUCGGCAAUGGCACAAACGAUUUUGCGCCAUUGGACCACGUGGCUGCCAUGGAGCAUCCGCGGUUGUUGCGGUAUAUGGGGCUGCCAGAUUGUUUGUUGCACCUUUGGUUUGAUUUUCUUUCAAAAAUGGAGCGUGCGCCCAGCUUCAACGGCAGCAUUGGCACGGGGCUUGCAUCGACCACAGGAGUGCCGGAGGGAGAUCCCCUGUCGGUGGUGGCGAUGAUAGGCAUCUGCUGGUUGGUCACGCAGAGAACAGCCACGGCACAGGGCUAUACCUUGACAUUCGUCGACAACCCGUCUUGGGUGGCUUAUGACCAGCCCACACUUGAGCGGACUUUGGCGAAUGCCAUCAAGUUUUGUGCUGACUGGGCUCUGCCGGUCGAUUGGCUGCUGCCUCCGGACGCCGAGCUGGUUCGAGUUGACUCAGCCAAAGACCUGGAAAUUUCGUAUAGGGGCGGUGUUUGGCCACAAGCACUGUAUGGGCAGGAGGCCCAGUUGAUGCCUCUUGGCAAAGUUGAAAAAUUACGUGCUGCUGCAGCCCGUGCUGUUUGGGGCAAGGCCCGCUCCCUCUCAGUGGCCCUGGCCAUGGCAGUGGGCUAUGGCGGCACGCAGGACCCGGAAAUGUAUCUUUUGCAUCAAGCCGUCGUGGCCAUGCAACGCCUCCUCAGGAUCUGGCCAGAUCUUGGCCAACGAGCCUUGCAGUUGACCCGGGACUUCCAGGAACAGUCAGGAAGACCGUUCGGACCCGCCACAACGCUGGCUCGCCUCUUGAAUAGAAAUGACUGGACUCUGCAAAGCACUUCGGCCAUUAAGGGACCAGGUCUGGAGCAGAUCGAUCUCUCG